GGUGCUCUGAGUGAAAAUUUUCUCUCCUGUCGGAUGUUCAUUAAGAACAUUCGACUUCUUCUGCGGAGCAGUGUGAAAUACCCCCAGCACAUAUACCAAUCUGCGGCAUUAGCGAAGAGGAGCAUGUCUACAGAAGGAAAGGGCCCAAUCUACAGCAGCAUCUGGAAUGUCAUCGACAAGCAACUGCAACCAACUCACAUCGAACUCGUUGACGAUUCCGCAAAGCAUGCUGGACACGAAGCAAUGAAAGGCUCCACUGCCAAGGAGACACACUUCCGAUUGAAGGUGGUAUCUUCCAAGUUUGAGGGGCUGUCGCUGGUCAAGAGGCACCAAAUGGUCUAUGCGUUGUUGAACGAGCAGUUUCAGCAAGGGUUGCAUGCUCUAAACAUUGUUGCGAAGACUCCACAGGAAGUAGAGAAGCGGUGA